AUGGCUCAUGACAUUGUGGCAAAAAUUAUAUGGAGCGAUUUAUUCAAGCCAGUGGGUAGCCGAUUUCCAAUAGAAUGGAGCACUUUCCAACCACAGUUAUGGGUUUGUCCUCCUGAGGACUGUCCGUAUUUGCGAACUCCUUUGAAUUCGAAAAACUGCUCACUCUCAAAUGAACAGCCAACGCUCAUGCCAAAAAUUCGCAAAGUUGUUUAUGAUAGGACG